GGCAUCUGUGACAGCUGGGUGCCCACUGCGCAUGCGUGAGCAGCGCUGCGCUUUGUUCGCAGUGUCUGGUCAUGCCCUGUACUGUCUGCAGUCUCUGGUCAUCCCCUGUACUGUCUGCAGUCUGGUCAUCUGUACUGUCCACAGUCUCUGGUCAUCUCCUGUACUGUCUGCAGUCUCUGUUCAUCUCCUGUACUGUCCGCAGUCUCUGUUCAUCCCCUGUACUGUCCGCAGUCUCUGGUCAUCAUGUGUCCGCAGUCUCUGGUCAUCACCUUUACUGUGUCCGCAGUCUCUGGUCAUCACCUGUACUAUGUCCGCAGUCUCUGGUCCAUCUUCUGUACUAUGUCCGCAGUCUCUGGUCAUCUCCUGUACUAUGUCCGCAGUCUCUGGUCCUUCUCCUGCACUGUGUCCGCAGUGUUUGGUCAUCUCUUGUACUGUCUGCAGUCUCUGGUCAUCUCCUGUAUUGUAUCUGCAGUCUCUGGUCAUCGCCUGUACUAUGUCUGCAGUCCAUUGGUUCAGAAUAUUUUUUUUCUUGUUUUUCUCCUCUAAAACCUAGUCGCGUCUUAUGGUCAGGUGCGUCUUAUUGAGCGAAAAAUAUGGUAUAUUAUAUUAUACCGUGUGAACACAUGUCCCACGAUUCAUCU